AUGAGACAAAGCUUAAUAAUAUUGAUAAUUGCUUCUGCUUUCCUAGUAUCAUUUGUGGAGUCUAAUUAGGAAAUUACUAAAUACAGUCCACCUAAAGAUAUGAAAAUUUUAAUUGAAAAUGGUUUAGAUACUUCUUUAGCUAGUGGUACCUUUUAUACAAAAGACAACUCUGCAUGUUUUAGAGCAUGCGCAGCUAAAUAUAGUAACAGUCUUUAUUACACUAUUUAAUAAAGAUAUAUUUGCUGUUAGUUAGGGUAUACUAAUGAUAGUAAUGGUUGGUUAUGGAUGAGUUGCAAACCUUUAAUCCUUGAUUGCUAAGGAAAUUGA